UGUUAUUUUGCAAACCCUAAAACGUCUUGCCACCCCUCCACCAGGACGACCACCCCAACUCCUCCUUCUCCCCCAACACGACCGGCCGCCGCCCUUUCCCUCGCCUCCGCCGGCCGCCGCCCUUUUCCUUGCCUCGCCUCCAUAUCAGAGUCUUCGUUCUCCUCGCCUCCGCCGCGCUUUUCCUCGCCUCCAUCUCCUUCUUUGCCUCCGUCUACGACGCUUCAACACGCAGAAGAGAGAGGUCAGCAAAGUUGUUCUAGACCAAGACGUGUUCGAGAUGGAAGAGGCAGAAGCAGCUGCUGCUGUAGAUGUGCCUAGUGUCCACGUCAGCAGGAUCUUCGUUGGGGGAUUGAGCGUGAGUGUGACAGCAGCUGACUUGGAGAAAACUUUCUCCUCACUCGGCAUGGUGUGCAAUGUGGAGUUCAUCCGCAACAAUGGGCGCAGCUUUGCCUACAUGGAUUUCAAGCCCAACUCUGAUAGAGAUUUGGCAAAGCUCUUCGCCGCUUACAAUGGAUGUACUUGGAAAGGAGGCAAGCUUCGUCUUGAGAAGGCCAAAGAGCACUAUCUUGCUCAAUUGAAGCGAGAAUGGGCAGAAGAUGCAAUGCUCUCCAAUCCAGCUAAUCAGAAUGAAGAGAAAAGUUCAGAUGGCCCAAGGAAGUCAGAAAGUUUCAACAUGGACAGCUUAAAACUUAACAUUUUCUUCCCGAAGUUGAAAAAGGUGAAGUCAUUGCCAUUCAAAGGAACAGGCAAGCACAAGUACAGUUUCCAGCGUGUUGAAGUACCUUCUCUCCCAAUCCAUUUCUGCGAUUGUGAGGAGCAUUGUGAACCUCCCGAAGCAGCAAACGAGAAGUAUCAAUCUGCAUUAAACUCUGCAGCAUAUGAGAAAGAACUAAGCAUAAUGAAUUCUGUGAUGAGCAAGCUUUUUGCAAAGGAGAACAGUGAAAUGGAUCCGUCUAGAAAGCCGGAGGUAGAUACAGAAGUAAAUAACAUUGACAACUAUGAGAAUGAUGUUCAGGUGGGUGGCACAGAAGCAGCUAGCGAGGAAGAUGAAGAUAACCUUGUGACAAAUAUCGGGGUUGGACAAACUGAGGACAUGCUAAUGCAGUUGAUAGGGAGAGAAACGCCAGCAGUUAAUCAGGAAUCACGAUUUUGUAAGAGCAAGGCAUCCAAAGAAGCGGUUCCCCCAAAGAAAAAGCAGAAAUCUGCACCAACUUCUACUUCUGAAGUUAUAAAAAACCAAGGAGCCGCUCCCCUGAAGAGAGGCAAAAACACUGAAAAUGAAUUCUCUUCACUACCCAGGAAUAAUAGUCAAGCUGGUUCGCAAGACCUAGAUAAUUAUCCGGAAAAACCAGCUUCCAAAAGCGAAAGUGGACUAGUAAAUACUGCUGAUUUACCAAAGUGCCAGUCCUGGAUUCAAAAGUCGUCGUGGAGGGAUCUUGUGGGGGAAUCGGUCACCUCUUCAUUCAGUAUAUCGAACUUGUUGCCGACUGUCAAUUUGGUACAGCCGAAAACACCAAAUGCCAGUGACUUAACAUCUAGUAAAUCUACCCUAUCAAAGAAGAGAAAGGCCGUGUCCAGUGGAGAGGGCUCAAAAUCCUCAGAACAAAGGACGAAGAGCCUUGUAGCAUCUCGGAAUGCACCUAAAGAAGAAGGUGGAGAAGCUAAAAAGAAUGGGCAUCAGGAGAAGAGGACUAUACCGAAAGUUGAUAUAGGUGAGGUUUGCCCUUUUAUAAGGAGUGCAGAGUCUGAAAAGGAGUGGACAAAGGCGAAAAAAGCUCUUAGUGGAUACAUCAAGAAGAAAUCUAAUGAGAACAACGGUGAUCGCAAGAAUUUGAAAGGCGUGCUACCACGCAGGUGAAAUAAACUGCAUAUAGUCUGUCCGUUGCCUGGAAAUAUUUCUUCCCUUGUGCUGUUAAAAUGUAAUCAGACAGCUUGAGUAUUGUUGUGUAUUUGGCCCUUCCUGUCUCAACAAUGGUGUCUGACAGGAUGAAAGCCAUACUUUUGGAGCGUUUUACACAAUACUGGGUGUAGUCACACCUGCAGAAAGACUACUUUUUGUAAGCAGAGUUGCAGUUUGAUUCUUUUCUGCAGUUGUAUUAAUGUAUUGGUCUCUUAACUGAAAGGAUUAAAUACUUGUAUAUUCUUUUUAAGUUUAUGAAUAAUCUAAUGCUUCUUUCUAAACUUUUUU